UCUCGCCCUCUAUUGGACUUCUUUAAAGCGCUCGCUGCUAAGCGAAGGUGGGGUUGAAGCUGCUCGGGUGGAUGAGUGUGUGUGUGUGUGUCAUGUUCAGGCAUGCCCUCCCUCCGUCCCUCUGUCCCUCCUCCCGCCGAUGAUGAUGAUGCUGCCCCCGUCCUUCUUCUUCUUCUCUCUCCCUCCUUCUAAUCUCCCAUUUCCUGUCAAGUUUUUUAGACACACUCCUGCAAAAACCAGGCAGUAGGAAGAGAGAGGAGGACCUCACUGAUAGUGAUCAUUGAGGCUCUGAAUGGUGUAUGUGUGAGGGUGUGUGUGUGUGUGUGAGCUUGUCAAGGACCAGAGCCGCUGUCUGCUUUGCCCAGUAGGUCACAUCCUUUAAAGCGAACUCUCGAGGACGGAUACUGGGAGGCCUGCCAGACACUGGCACACACACACACACACACACACACACACACACACACACACAUACAAGCCAUAUUGUGUUCUGUGCUGGGGACAGAAGGUCAGAAAAUGUAACAUCCUCCCGCUCAUCAGUGAGCGAGUCCAGCUGGAGGGGGGGACUGGAAGUCCUCUUCAAGGCACUCGCCUGGCUUGAGGAGAUCAACGCAGGCUUUCCUCUGACCUUUGAUUGACCAGCAGAACGCCGAGCGGGACGGUUACCGAGAGUCUGGACACGUGGUACAAGGUACACCGCUGGCCUGAAUAUUAGGAAAAUCCCCUCAUGGAACAUUGGGCGCAAAGCUGCAGAGGAUCAGUUAGCGCUGGGCGGAUCGGUCUGGGGGGGUAAGCGGGGACAGGAUGUUGGCGAUGGAGCAUUUGCAGCUCCGCGGUCUGCCCUGCCCCCCAAAGGUAUGACCCAGACCGUGAACCCCUCCUGGAGCUCUCUCGACAGAAUCCGUCCUCUCCCCAGGGGCACGGCCGACUGGUUCGGGGUGAGCAAAGACAGCGACAGCACCCAGCGAUGGCGGAGGAAGAGCCUGCAGCACUGCAGCCAGCUGUACGGGGGCCUGAAGCCGCAGGUGAUGAGGGAGAUGGAGCUCCACAGCCAGGACAACCUCUCCCUGGCCAGCACUGAGACCCCUCCCCCCCUCUACCUCCCACCCUACCACCCCAGUCACCACCACUAUGGCAUGCAGAGGAUCGUCGACCCCCUGGCUCGGGGUCGUGCCUUCCGCAUGGUGGAGGAGGUAGACGGCUUCAGCGUGCCGCAGACUCCCGUCACGCCCGGCACUGCCUCCCUCUGCUCCUUCUCCAGCUCGCGCUCUGCCCUCAACCGGUUGCCACGCCGACGCAAACGGGAGUCCGUCGCCGUCAUGAGCCUCAAGGCCGCAGCGGCUUUGAUGAAGGGCCGGACAUUAACCGACAGCACCGGCGGGCGAUGUCGCCGGCGGAGUUUCAUGCCCCCUAGUUUCCUUGAGGACGACACCGUGGACUUCACGGAUGACCUGGACACGUCCUUCUUCACCAGAGACGGGCUGCAGGACGAGCUAUACAGCUACGCGGACGAAGUUUUCGAGACACUGUCGGAGGCCGACUUCAAACAGCUGGAUGAGAGCGAGCUCACGGGCAGCGCGCUGGAAAAGAACCAACUGGAGAGGAGUCACCUCAUGCUGCCCUUGGAGAGAGGAUGGCGAAAGGCAAAAGAUGGCCCUCUGGUCCAACCCAAGGUGCGUCUGAAACAGGAAGUGGUGAGCGUCAACAGCCAUCAGCAGCGGGGACAGAGGAUCACGGUUCCCGUUCAGAAGCUGUUCGCCCGAGAGAAGAGGCCCUACGGCCUCGGCAUGGUCGGCCGCCUCACCAACCGCUCGUACCGCAAACGCAUCGACAGCUUCGUCAAGCGGCAGAUGGAAGACAUGAACGAUCACCGGCCUUUUUUCACUUACUGGAUCACAUGUGUCCAUCUGCUCAUCACCAUCCUGGCGGUGGCCAUCUACGGCAUUGCCCCCGUGGGCUUCUCCCAACAUGAGACCGUGGACUCUGUGUUGAGGAACAAGGGAGUUUAUGAAAAUGUGAAGUUUGUGCAACAACAAAACUUCUGGGUGGGUCCAAGCUCAGAGGCGCUGAUCCACCUGGGAGCCAAGUUCUCCCCGUGCAUGCGUCGAGACCUCGAGAUCCAGAUACUGAUCCGGGAGAAGCGAGCGAGCGAGAGGGAGUCGGGCUGCUGUGUGAGGAACGAUCGCUCCGGCUGCCUGCAGACGUUACAGGAGGAGUGUUCGAGCACCCUGGCAGUGUUUGUGAAGUGGCCUCAGCAUCCAAGCGCCCCCUAUCUAAAUGGCACGCUACGCCAACAUGGCGCCGUCUGCCAUCAGGACCCCAGAAUCUGUCUGCAGCCGGCCUCCGUUUCCCCUCACGAGUGGCCGGAUGACAUCACCUUGUGGCCAGUUUGCACACGGUACAAUUCUGGGAAUCACACCAACCUCCCCCACAUCGACUGCACCAUCACGGGCCGGCCCUGCUGCAUCGGGACCAAAGGACGAUGUGAAAUCACCUCAAGGGAGUACUGCGACUUCAUGCACGGCUACUUCCACGAGGAGGCGACCCUCUGCUCACAGGUGGCCUGCAUGGACGACGUCUGCGGUUUGCUGCCUUUCCUCAACCCGGAGAUCCCAGACCAGUUCUCCCGCCUCUGGCUGUCGCUCUUCCUCCAUGCGGGGAUCCUGCACUGCCUGGUGUCGGUGUUUUUCCAGAUGACGGUGUUGAGGGACAUCGAGAAGCUGGCUGGCUGGCUGAGGAUUUCCAUCAUCUACGUGCUCAGCGGCAUCACCGGCAACUUGGCCUCGGCCAUCUUUCUGCCCUACAGAGCGGAGGUGGGCCCCGCGGGCAGCCAGUUCGGCAUCCUGGCCUGCCUCUUCGUGGAGCUGUUUCAGAGCUGGCAGAUCCUGGAGCGGCCGUGGCGAGCGUUCACCAAGCUGCUGGCCAUCUCGCUCUUCUUCUUCUCCUUCGGUUUACUUCCGUGGAUCGACAACUUUGCCCACAUCUGCGGUUUCGUGUCGGGGUUCUUCCUGUCCUUCGCCUUCCUGCCGUACAUCAGCUUCGGGCAAACCGACAUGUACCGGAAGCGGGUCCAGAUCUGCGUCUUCCUGCUAGUGUUCCUCGGCCUGCUCGCCGCCCUGGCCGUCCUCUUCUACGUCUACCCGGUGAAGUGCGACUGGUGCGAGUUCCUGACCUGCAUCCCCAUCACGGACAAGUUCUGCGAGAAGUACGACCUGAACGCUCACCUCCUCUGAACCAUCGGCCGUCGGCUAAAUGAUGGACGUCGAUGACGGUGAACGUUGGAUAUCGAACUGCAUGUGCGACUUGGGAACUAAACUAUCAUGUAAAGCUAACUGAAGAGGACUGACGACUGGUUUCAUGUGUCAUUGAUCUAUAGCUGGGCUAAUCAAUGACUAUCACACCGGAAGAGAGCUAAAAAAACCCAAUAUCCUGCCAAUUUAUUUACCUGAAAAUGGACUCAGCAGCACCGCUUAGUGGCCAAAAGGAGCAGUACACCCUCACACCAGUGGAGGGUUUGUUUUGUUUUGUACUUUUGUAUCUACUGGAUGUUCUUUUUUCAUUUAAAACUCUCCCAGAAAUGAGACAAACAGGUGCCUUAUUGACACGAAACCACACACAUGUUGUCUUUGUUUCAGCAGUGUUGGGUUGUGCUCCUCGACCUCGGACCAGAUGACAAACUAUGAUGUGUUUUUACUUCAGUAUUUGGUGGCUGAGUUGGCACUUUGUUUUUUUACCACACAGGAAACGUUCCCGCCACAGCCUUUAACUCACUUCAAUCCCCAAUGGAUUGUAUGUUUCUUUUAUACUCACCCUGAGUCACACCUGUAAAUAACUCACUGUAUGUUAAUCUGUUUUACUGAGGUGAAUUUAUGUUUGUAUUUAAGCUGGUGGCGUUUUAGCUACUUAACAAUAAAUAAACAACAAGGACACAA